GAAAUUGAAACGUAGUAGACUUGAGAGAAGCGUCUGUGUUAGAAGUGCCUUGAGCUGCUGCUUUAUUUAACUUGGAUUUUCGCUGAACAAGACAGCAACAUGGGGCUGCGUGAGUGUGCUGGUGCAAGCCUGGUGCCUACUGGGAGGUGCCUGGGAGGCCUCACAGCCGCUCAUGAGUGCUAACAAGGCUAACAUUGAGACAAAUGUAGAGGUACGAGACAAAAGCAGGAACACCAUCACCACUACCACCGCCACUACAGCCACCACCACAAGCACCAGGACAGUGGAAGAAAGAGAGAGAAGAGAGAAAAACAAAGACCACCACCACCACCAACAUAGUGGAAGAAGGAAUGCUGAUACAAAGGCAUGGCUUGAGGAAUUCUGAGCAUCCUGUAAGAUCAAGACCUAAAAGAUCAGCUGACGACGACAGCACGCGUCUUAGAACGUGGCGUUGUUGGGGUGGAUUGAAGAGUGCGCUACAGCACAGUACCCAUAGCUGCGUAUAUUAUCCAAUCUUCAUCAUGGCUACUGUGUAUGGUGUGCUGAGGACUCUUCAGCGGCAGCAGCGAGAAGCUUCUGCACUACUUUUGAGGUUGACACCCAAAACAUAUAGUCCUGUGAAUGCUGCUUCAUUUUCUCAGCUCUGCCAGAAGGUAAGCAGUACCAGUGGAAGAUCUCAAUGUUUGCUGUUGUCACGGAAUCUGAGCAGAGGGAGCCCCAGUCAUAAUUCCCCAUUGAAUAAGGAGGAAGAUAAACAAGAGGGCAAUGCUGACAUUGGACCAGGUACAUGGAAGGAAAUCUACCAUGGUAUUCUCUCCACGCAGAUAAAAAUGGUGAAAUUUUUUUCACUCUCUACAUCAAUUUUGGGCCUUAGUGUACAGCCCAUGCUAUAUCAGAAAUUAGGUGCUGAUGCUGGCAUGCUUGUGGCAGUGGCAUCUUUUGUGGGAUUCUUCACAUUUGUUACUCCAUUACUCAUCCACUGGAUCGCCAAGAAAUAUGUGACCUGCCUUGAGUAUGAUCCAGAAAAAGAUGUGUACUCUGCCACAACACUCUCCUUCUUCCUCUUGGAGAAAAAGAUUAAAUUUACAGUUGAUGAUGUGAAGGUACCAGAAGUACCAGGGAUGUUCACCACGUUCCUCGUCAAGAACCGACCACUGUUUGUAGACCCGCGCAUGUUCAAGGAGAUGGAGCACUACGGCCGCCUCAUGGGUUAUGACCAGCCUAUCAAUUUUCAUCUUAAAGAACAAGAUGAAAAAAGUGACUGAAUGCAGUAUCUUCUUUGCUGUUGUAAAUUUGUAAAAAAAAACAUUAAGAUAAUCCUUUACAAAUAGUUGAAAAAAAAUAAUGAAAUUGUUUUUGCCUGUACAGCAUAGAUAUUUUAAAAGUAAAAGUGUGGAUAAUUUGA